CUGGCACCAUCUUGUGACAAAAAUACAUCACUGUAGCUGCUUAUUGUCAGUCCUCUGAUCAGUCAUGUGUAAUAAGUAACCCAGAGGAAGAAGUAUAAACAGACUGUAUGUGUUCUCUCUCUGUCCUGUAAUAAGUGAACUCUGAGCUCAUGUGUUUGUGACUCUUCACCUCUGUCUCCUCUCACAGGGAGAAGAUGAUCUGCAGCAUCCUGCUGCUCAUCAUCCUGACCUCCUGUGUCUCUGGAACAUUUGUAGUGAAUGUGACCCAGACCUCCUAUCAGGCAGAGGAGAACCACGACAUCACACUGGAGUGGACCUUCACAACCAACCCUCACAGUUCCUCCAACUCUCUUAAUAUCUUCUGUGAACUGAUAACUGAUCUCAGAUCCUCAGUCCUGUUUCAUCUCCAUAAAGGAGUUGAGGUCCCAGAGUCUCAGGAUGAACAGUUUGCAGGACGAGUCCAGUGGGACAAAGACGUCCUCAGAGAAGGACGACUCAGACUUCAUGUGUCCAGACUCAGGACUGAAGACUCGGGACUGUAUGUGUGUAAAGUGUUCACAAGUUAUGGGAGUAACUCUGGUAGAUGUUGGCUCAAUGUCACUGCAGCGAGGGAUCGGCCUGAACCUGAGACACCAAACACAACAAGUCCACCAAACACAACAAGUCCACCAAACACAACAAGUCCACCAAACACAACAAGUCCACAACAACCAGAGAGUCGGGGAAGGAUCGGUCUCUACUGUGGACUGGGACUGACAGCAGCAGCUCUGCUGGCUGGUUGUUUCUGUAUUUUCAGACACUUUCUGUCUAGAAAUCAAGAUUUCUAA